UCCUUCGUUCAAAUCGAAUCGCUCCUCUCCUCCCCAACACCGCCUCCACCUCCACCUCCACUCCGCUCCUUCCCCCAAACCUAUCGCCCCCUCGCAUCCAGUACAAAACCCUAGGAACCAGCCGAAGCUUCCAGAACCCCGGGGCGGGGAGGCGAGAACCACUGCGAAGGCGGCGAGAUGAUCCUCCGCACCCCACCACAGCGGAAGCGCCGCGCCGACACCGACAACGACGCCGACCUCGUUGUUGUCAAGUCCGGCGGCGGCGCGAGCGCGGCCGGCCGGAGUCCAGUUUCCGACCGCCGCAUGGUUCUCUACGACCGCCCCACCGCCCUCGUGCCCGCCGGCGCCCCAGGGGAGCAGUUCGACGACAUGGUCUGCACGUACCACUGCCGCCAGAUGGUGAAAUCAGAGUUCGUGGUGGCAUUGGACACUGCAGAGAAGCAAGUUCAGGAGUAUCAAACAAAAAUUGAUGCAUUGGAGGAGCAAUUAUCCAAGAGUGAGGAUGAAAGGAUGCAGUUCCUGGAUAAACUGAACUAUGUGGAGCAAGAACUGGCAGCAACAAAAGGGCGGGAGAGUGCAUUACAGGAACGUCUACUAAAGGAGUUGUCUGGUUAUCAGGAGCGGUAUCAUGAUCAAGUAAAAAAAAUAAAUGAACUUGAGGUACAACUCAAUAAAGAGAUUGAUUCUAGGAUCAGUGCAGAAUCAUCUGCAUCAUCUGCAAAGGAAUCGAUCAAAGACUUGGAAGGGAAUUUGCAGCGAUUAUUGGAAAGUUCAGAAAGGGAGAAAAAAACCCUUAAGAAAGAACUUUCAUAUAUGAAAGAAGACCUAACCUUAUCUGCUUCCAGACUUAAUGUUGAGCUUGAGAAAACAAGACUCAAGGCAGAAAACUAUGAGAGUGAAGCAGAGUUGUUAAAUGAGCAAUUGGUGGACUUGAAAAAGCAACUUGAAGAGUGUCUUCGUGAAAGGAAUGAAAUGGAGCUCAAGCUAUUGAAUUCCAGUGCUUUGCCUGGGCAACAUGCCCCAACAGAUGACCAGAAGUUGAUCAAGCUUUUGCGAGAGGAACUCCGGAAUUAUGAAAAGGAAGUGCAUGAAGCUAGAAGGUUGAAAUCUUCCCACACAAAUGUUGAGUUGAUGAAAGAAAAACUAUUGGAGGAGCAGGGGCGAAGGGAAAGGGCGGAGCAGGAAUUGUCAAAGCUGCAGGAAGUUGAAGCCAAAGCACAUAAGUUGGAGCUUGAAUUAGCAUCUUGUACAGCGCUGCUCAGCAACAUACCUGAUGUGUCUUCUUAUGCCGACAUACCUCAAAAGAUUGCAGAUUUGCAAAAGCAAGCAUUGACAAAUUUGAACAAAGUUGGUGAAGUAACAUCACGGUUGAAAGAAUUAGAGGUUGCGCUGGAAUUUGCUGAUCUCAGCAAGCAACGUGCAGAAGGUGAAGCUAACCUUGCUAAAGAGAGGGCUGAAAGUGCUGCCAAGGAGGUCAAGCGGCUUGAGCUUAUGCUUGCUGCGAUCAGUGAAGAAAGAGACAAAUUGAGAAAGGAACAUGCUGUGGAGUUGGAUCAAUCUGGAAUGGAGAAAACGAUAAGAGAGCUGGAGAGCACUAUACAUGAGCAGAAGGAACUGGUUAGUCACAAGGACACUGAACUCAAUAUAAUGAACGAAAGAUUAAACCUUGAAGCAAAGAAAGUGAAGUCUUUGGAGCGAGAGGGAGAUCAACUACGCUCUCAGGUUGCAUUACUAGAGUCCAAGUUAGGUCAUGGAGAUUACUCUGCAUCGAGCACAAAAGUACUGCGCAUGGUAAAUACUCUUGCAGUUGACAAUGAAGCCAAGCAGACAAUAGAAGCGCUACAAGCUGAACUGAAGAAAACAAAAGAGAGGCUGCAAGCAGUCGAAGAACUGAAAGGACAAGCCGAUGCUGGGACUGUGGUAGAUGCAAAUAUUGCUGAAAAGUUAGCACAACUUAAGAAUCAAAUUGCCACACUUGAAAAACGUGAAGAAAGAUACAAGGCGGUGUUUGCAGAGAGGAUCUCGGUCUUCCGGAAAGCCUGCUGCUCGCUUUUUGGUUACAAGAUAGUGAUGAACGAUCAGCAGCAGUCAAAUGGGAUCCCUGUAACACGCUUUAUUCUGCAAUCAGUUUAUGCCCAAAGCGACGAUGAAAAGCUUGAGUUUGACUAUGAAUCAGGAAGCACUAAUAUUGUGGUCAACGAUUACACGUCUCAACAAGAAAUUGCUCAGCAGGUGGACGUUUUCGUAAGGAGGAUGAACUCCAUACCAGCCUUUACCGCUAACCUGACAAUGGAAUCUUUCAACAAGAGAAGUAUAUGCUGCGUCCCGGCCAUACACGUCCACCUGGCGCGGCGUUCUCGUAGCCGUAGUGGCCUACCUGCUACGCGAUCUCGAGCAGCGGAAGUCGCAUCAAUGAUGGCGCUGACGGAGCGGCAGCCGCAGCUGGAGAAGACGAAGGCGCUACGGGCGCGGGCGCCGCUGUCGAGGAAGGCCGUCGCGGCACUGUGCGUCACGAGCUUCGUCGCAGGGUUGCUGCUCAGCGGCAGGGUGUCGCUGAUGUCGGCGGACGCGAGCAGGGACGACGGCGCCAAGGAGAGCGUUCGUGCUUCUGGCUGCGCCGGCAACAAGCGUAAACUAGGAGAGAGCCAUCCCAAGGAUCUCCUGAACGAGGUGUCGAGGACCCAUCAAGCGAUUCAGUCGCUGGACAAGGCGGUGUCCACUCUGGAGAUGGAGCUUGCCGUGGAGCGCGCGAGGAGCGGCGCCGCCGGAGCCGGCACGGCCGUGCCAUCCAAGCCGCCCCAGAAGGCCUUCGUGGUGAUCGGCAUCAACACGGCCUUCUCCAGCAGGAAGCGGCGUGACUCCCUCCGCGAAACCUGGGUCCCCAGAGGGGAGAAGCUGAGGAAGCUGGAGACGGAGAAGGGGGUCGUGAUCCGGUUCGUGAUCGGGCACAGCGGCGCGCCGGGCGGCGGGGCGCUGGACCGGGCGCUGGACGCGGAGGAGGCCGAGACCCGGGACUUCCUGCGGCUGGACCACGCCGAGGGCUACCACGAGCUGUCCUCCAAGACCAGGAUCUACUUCACCACCGCCGUCGCCACCUGGGACGCCGACUUCUACGUCAAGGUCGACGACGACGUCCACCUCAACCUCGGGAUGCUGUCGAGCAGGCUGGCGAAGCACAGGACGCGGCCGAGGGUGUACGUCGGCUGCAUGAAGUCCGGGCCUGUUCUCUCGCAAAAAGGAGUGAAGUACCACGAGCCAGAGUACUGGAAGUUCGGGGACGAGGGCAACAAGUACUUCCGCCACGCCACCGGCCAGAUCUACGCCAUCUCCAAGGAUCUUGCCGCCUACAUCUCCAUCAACCAGCCGAUCCUGCACAGGUUCGCGAACGAGGACGUCUCGCUCGGCGCGUGGCUGAUCGGGCUCGAGGUGGAGCACGUCGACGACCGGAGCAUGUGCUGCGCCACGCCUCCAGAUUGCGAGUGGAAGAAGCGGGCCGGGAACGUGUGCGUGGCGUCCUUCGACUGGUCGUGCAGUGGCGUCUGCAAGUCGGUGGACAGGAUGCGGCACAUCCACAAGGCCUGCGGCGAAGGCGAAGGGGCCGUCUGGAACGUCGCCAUAUGAUGAUUGGCCUUCACAGCUCUCAUCAAAAUCGUCGUUGUUUGUGUGGAUGGAUCUUCACUUGCUUGGCGUCCAAUUUGGGCCACUAUUUAGCAUGAAACAUUCUGCACUGAGAUCUCUUCUGCAUUUGGCAAGUAUGGCCGUUUCAUUUGAGACGGCUAUGCUGUGAUUCGCGUAAAAGUGCGUGGGUUGAUGUGUGUACGUGAUUGCUGAAACUCUGAAACAGAAGGAAAUGGGAAGAAUGGUGAUUGGUCCA